UGCAAAACACACAAAGACUCUAAGGUUGGUUGGUUGGUUGGUUGGUUAUAUACUAGGUAGAGAUAUAGAUAUAGAUAUAGAUCGAACAUGGUGGUGGUGUCGACGACACCGGUGCAAAGCAAGAGAUAUAUAGGAACAGAAAUUCCGGUGAUCGACCUGUCAUGCAGACGAGAAAUAGCGCAAGAAGAAAUUGUGAAUGCAUGUGAAGAGUAUGGUUUUUUCAAAGUGAUCAAUCAUGCAAUUCCAAAUGAUGUAGUAGCUAAAAUGGAAGCUGUAGGAUUAGAGUUUUUCGCUAAACCGGUGACGGAGAAACAACAGGCAGGGCCGGCGAACCCGCUCGGUUAUGGAUGUAAGAGUAUCGGCCCAAAUGGUGAUACCGGAGAAGUUGAGUACCUUCUCCUCCAUGCUAACCAACAGUUGCCUGCAAAGAUCAUCUGUGAAGAAAACCAGAUUGAAUUCAGUUGUGUGGUGAUGGAGUAUGUGGGGAGUGUAAAAGAGUUAGCAUGUGAGAUACUGGAGUUGCUGGCUCAGGGACUGGGCCUGGAGGACACUGAGACAUUCAGUAGGCUCAUAAGGGACAUUGAGAGUGACUCUUUGUUAAGGCUGAACCACUACCCUUCAUACAACUGCAAUAAGGAAGACAACAACAAGGUUGGCAGAGUUGGAUUUGGAGAGCAUUCUGACCCUCAGAUUAUCACCUUGCUUCGAUCCAACGGUGUUGCCGGCUUGCAAAUACUCUCCCCUUCCACCGAUGCCGGUUCUUGGGUUCCCGUCCCACCGGACCCGGCCGCAUUCUUCGUCAAUGUUGGUGAUGCUCUUCAGGCUAUGACAAAUGGAAGGUUGGUGAGUGUUAGACAUAGAGCAAUGGUAACCUCUUAUGCCACUAGAAUGUCCACAGUUUUCUUUGGAGGACCACCUUUGCAUGCAUGGAUUUCUCCGAUACCGGAGAUGAUCACAACUCAAAGGCCGCGCAGAUACCGAUCCUUCACUUGGAGUGAAUUCAAGAAAAUGAUGUAUUCACUGCGGCUUGGACAUAACCGGCUCGAACUCUUUCGGUUCAAAGCCGAAGAAGAAGCCUAAUCUUAACUUAUAUAGAUGAUCUAAGUAGAAUGAUGAAACUGACUGGAGUACUCCAGGAGCGUUUUUGUAUGUACUAAAUGUCAGGUUAAGUUCUCUAAUGUGUUGAAUGUUUAUCAGUGCUUAAGUCUCUAUGCCUAAGUAUGGACUAG